AUGCGUCUCAAGCUGAUCUUGGCUCUUGGCAGCAUUGCCGCCAUCUGUGGGGUAGAUGCACGCACGCGCUGCAAAACACGAUCUCAUACACAUAGCUCGACACUCAGCCUAGAAAGCUCGCCAUCAGCUACAGUUUCGACACCCGAAAGCACCCUCAGCCCAAGCUCAUCAGUGUCCACUUCACCCACGUUGACACCGUCGUCCACGCCCUCAUCGACACCUACCACGACGCCUUCAUCCAGUCCGGACGACACUACUUCUACCCCGGUCAUCAGCAUCUCUAGCUUAUCUUCAGACACUUCAACGACACCUGCACUGAGCAGUACCCCAAGUACUGACAGCAGUGCUUCUCCGUCGUCGAGUGCUGUCGAAUCUACAUCUCUGCCAGCUACCCCGACUACCGCUGUUUCCUCUACGAGUUCGACAUCCUCAGCCCCUGCAUCAACGAGUACUACCCCUGCCGAGGUAUAUACGGGCGGUUUCGCGACAUUUUACUACCAGAAUGGCAAUCCUCCAGCAUGUGGCGGUCAGCCUCGCUCUAACAGCGAGCUAAUCGCUGCAUUGGACUUACGGCGAUACGGGUCUGUUUCGGCUCCGAGCCCCUACUGUUCCAAAUUGAUCCGUGUCACCAACAGCCUUAAUGGUCGGUCUGUUGACGUUACCGUCGUUGACGUGUGUUCAACUUGUCUCAACUCAAAUUCCCUGGACUUGUCACCGGCCGCAUUCCAGGCCAUUGCCAACUUGGAUGAGGGAAUAGUUCCCAUUGCGUGGCAGUUCGUCUGA